UGGAAAGCCAAAUGGGUCAGAAUACGCGUGCUUUUCAACGCCGUAUUCAUUUUAAAACGCCGUUUUCAUAACGCCGCCAGGCGUUAAAUAAGCGCCGUUACGUGAUAAGUUAACGCCAGACGCCACCAGGCGUUAAAAUAACGCCACACGCCGACCGACGUUAAGUUAACGCGACACGCCACUUAAGAUGCAAAUUUAUUCGCUCAUCUACAUGGACACACCUCUCAUGGCUACGAGGACUCUACGGCAAGUCAGAGCAUCCAGUUUGCAAGAGCGCGAAGAUGGCAAGAAGAGCGUUUGUUUUGCAGUGUAAACACACUGUUAAUGACUGCACUCGCCUUUUACUGUCUGAUAAUCCCGGGCCUGCUGUUUUUCAGUCAUCAUUAAACAGACUUCAAACCAUGCUGAGGAGCCUGGAAUGGGCAAAGGGGACUCUUCUACAUACUCAGGCAGCAGAUGAGAUCAUCCAUGAAGUAUCAGAUUUUAUUCAGGAGAUUCAAACUUCUGAACCAAGAGCACAGGAUGACAGCACUGUAUAUCGACCUCCACUGAUUCGUAGUGGAUCCAGAGGUGCACCAUCUUAUGUCAUUACACAGGAUCAGCUGUCAUUUUUGUUGUCUUGUGGCUUCACUGUAAAACAGAUUGCACAAAUUCUACACACCUCCAUAUCCACAGUCAAGCGACGUUUAAGGUGCUUCAAUCUGUUGCAGUCUUCCUCAUACUCAGAUAUAUCUGAUGCAGAUUUAGAUGAAAAAAUUAGGGAUAUAGUGGCUGGAAAUGACCAACUUGGACCAGAGGCAGUUCGAGCACAACUGAGGACAGAGGGAAUUCGGGUUCAGAGGUGCAGAGUGCGGAGCAGUAUGCAUCGUGUCAACCCAAGGGCUGCAGCUCUCAGAGCAAUGUCUCAGAGACUACGUAGAAGGUCCUACCGUGUCGCAGGACCUAAUUCUUUAUGGCAUCUUGAUGGAAAUCACAAACUAAUAAGAUGGAGGAUAGUAAUUCAUGGUGCCAUUGAUGGCUACAGUCGGCUUGUCACCUUUCUCCAAGCAUCUAACAACAAUCGCAGCAGCACUGUCAUGAACUGCUUCUUGGAUGCCAUUUCCAAAUAUGGAGUCCCUUCCAGAGUAAGGACUGACCAUGGGGGAGAGAACAAUGCAGUGUGCUUGUUCAUGAACCUGUUCAGAGGCACUGAACGAGGGAGUGCUCUUAGAGGAAGAAGUACACACAAUCAGAGGAUUGAAAGACUUUGGGUCGAUCUGUGGCGUGGGGUGUCAAAUGUGUACUAUGACCUUUUCCACUUUCUUGAGAGUGAGGGCAUUGUGGAUGUAGAUAAUGAAAUGCACAUGUGGGCUCUGCAAUAUGUCUACAUCCCAAGAAUUAACAAAGACUUGACAAAUUUUAAACACCAGUGGAACAAUCAUGGUUUACGAACCGAGAGACACCAGUCACCUCUACAAAUCUUUGUCCGGGAUUGCCUGGCACAACAGAGUCUGCCAAGUACUGCAAUGCAGGAGAUAUUUGCAAGACCCUCAGACUCCACUGGAGGAGAGACUAAUUCAGCAGAGCUUGUUGGUGGUGACAGUCAUUCUGUAUCUGGAGCGGUAUCUCAUGUGCAUUGGCUUGAACGAGUUACCGUACCUCCAAACCAGUUCACUGUGACUGAUGAUGAGAUGAAACAACUCACAGAACAAAUUGAUCCACUUGAAGGUCCCCGGGAAAAUCUUGGAGUAAAUGUACUUAAAAAUGUCCUUUCUUUUGUGGAAAACCUAAGAAUGUAAAUUGACAUUUAACAGUGUCACUGUUACUUGUUUGAAGUGUUUUACAUGGCAUGUGUCAUAUUCUGAUCGGUAUCUCCCCUCUACUUUCCUGACUCAUUUAUAGUUUAUGUAAGGGCUAGUCAUAUCCCUGAGAUAAAAAAAAAAAAAAAAAAAACACUAAAUCACAUUAAUAAACAACUUUUUAUUGUAAUUGUGAUGUAAAUUUCAUUAAUUUGUAGUAUAAUCUGAAUACUUUCAGAUGUGGAUUCUUAUCAGAUAUCCCAAGACAGAGCAGAACUGGAGAAAGGGACAAAACUUAGC